AUGGAGGUGGAGGGCAGUCAAUACGCCUUGAAGUUCCGAGACACAGUCGAGGAUCUUCCUGGCGAUCUCAAGGUAUUGACCACCUCCAUUGUGAAGGCCACAGACUGGGUUCUGUGGGCCGUGCAUCACAACCCGCUCACCAUUGAUGGGGGCGAUGCCUUCAUGGCUCAGAUGACGUCCUUCGUGAACGCUGUCAUGGCCACUGACUUUAGUCGUAUUCGCGGACCAGGCGAACUCGACAACUUCUCGCUCGCCUCUCUUCUCGAGGCCGAGACGUCUUCUAAGGACGAGCCGACUAUCCACCCGGCUCCCGUAUUCAAGCCUCCUCCUCCUGGGGCCCAUGGGCCGCUCGAUGAGGGUGUUGCUGGCGUUGGGGCUCCACCUUACGUCCUCAUGCAGGCAUUGGAUGACCUUGGUCGCCCAGCCUCCCCAUCUUGCAUCCCCGCUUCCAAGAAGCGUAAGGGUGUUGAUUGUCUGGUCCCACCUCCUCCUCAGAAGAAGAGCAAGGUGGCCUACUCUUGCCCUGGUCCGCCUCCGCCGAUCAAUCGCGCCACUAAACCCAAGCCCCGUCCAACGACGUGGGCAGGGAUUGCUAAACAGGCCGCUCCGAUGCCUCCCCCGCCUCCUGGCUUGGGACCGCAACGUCGCAGGCCUUCUCCUCCCCCUGUAUUCCCGACGGGCCCGAUGAAGACAUCUCCUCAUCGGUCUGUCCCUUCUUUCACUUCCGAGGGCCCCACCUGGAAGCAGGUUCUCGUGUCGUUCGGGGGUACCCCCCCCGACCUCACGAAGUUCUUCACCGAGUCGGCUGUUCGUGCAGCCAACGGAUAUCUCAGGGAUGGUCGAUCUAUGUUGAAGGUCACCUCCAUCGUCCGGGCCUACGACAGUUUGUCGUUGGUCACCCCCGCUGUUGCCAGUCCGUCCGAUCUGGACAUCCUGCGUAACUUUAUCCGCGAAAGCCUCCCAACGGGUACCCCGUUCGAGGUUGCGCUCCCGGUUGAAGAUCACCUGUCAGUUUGUCGCGUUCUUAAAGAGUGGUUUGAGGCGGACGAUCUCCGUCGCGUAACCUUCGUGUACGUCCCUUCUGCUCUGCGGUGGGACAUCCAUGGUGAGGCACACAAGUACGUCACAGAGCUUAAAGUCAGGGUUGGACGUCGUAAGACGGACAACUCCAUAGACACGCUACGUUCUCGAGCGGCGCACUCAGUCUUGGAUUCGUGGAGUUCCACUUUCCAAGAUCCAACCUACCGAGGCUCUGAAUUUUUAGAGCUUCAACAGCCUGACGGGCGGCCGCUACAGCCAUCGUACCUCAAUGGGGGACCUUGGCUCUCAACCUUUGGACACAGUAUCACUGAGUUCGCUCGCGUUUGCCGGUGCAUAACUGGCCACGCGCCCAUUGGAGCGUAUUACCGUCGCUUCAAGAUCAACGAGCCUCAUGGCUGCACUUGCGGGGCUGCUUUGCAGUCCCGCCAGCAUAUCCUCUUUCGCUGUCGCGACAGAUAUUCUGUACACUAUCCCCGCUUUCUCGGGGAUAUUGCAUCGUUUAUGAAGUACAACCCCACGGCGUUUGGCUUCAACCGGGACCCCUCGGGUGUCGGAUAA